CGCAGUUUGUUAAUGGGCUCGUUCGAGAUGAACUGCGCCUCGCCUGGAAAGUGGACGAGAGCAGCAGGCAGCAGCAGCAGCAGGGGGCGUUGACAGAAAACUGCGGAUUAGGAUAAAAAAUUAGGAUUUUCUACAAAACGUGGUGUUUGUUCUUGCAACUGCGGCACCUGUUAGAAGCCUACUGACAGGUGAGACUGUUCAGACUUCUGAUUGGUCGAAUGAUGGAGGAGGCGGGACCAACGUUCUGAACUUCAACCACAUUUCGUCCGUCCCCUCGACGGGUGGUCUAAAGUUCACAUCGUGUGACUCGUCACACAUCUGUGAAAGUCCUGCAGUCUUUACAGAGUCUAUGCAGGUUGGACUUAAUUCUCCCGGAUUUCGUCUAAAUUACCGGUCAGACAGACUGUUACACGGGCGGUGAGCUGUAGUGCUGUUCAAGAAUGGCUGCACUGUGUCGUCUGAGGCAGUGCCACUCCACAGGCAUUGCCAUCUCUCAUUUUCACACGAGCAGCCAUGCCUCUGCCAAACUGCACUAUAAAAUGCUUGUUGUCGGAGGAGGAACUGGGGGUAUUUCGAUGAGUGCGAGGAUGAAGAGGAUGAUGGGAGCUGAGAAUGUGGCAGUUGUGGAGCCCAGUGAGAUGCACUACUAUCAGCCAAUUUGGACCCUGGUUGGUGCCGGUGCAAAAACUUUAACCUCAUCAGGUCGUUCUACUGCGAGUGUUAUGCCCUCUGGAGUGAAGUGGGUGAAAUCGAAAGUUCAGGAAAUAAACCCAGACACAAAUACUGUCCGCACAGACGACGGGAAUGAAAUCACCUACGAGUAUUUGAUUGUGGCUCUUGGUUUACAAAUCCAUUUUGAGAAGAUCAAAGGACUGCCUGAAGGAUUUGAACAUCCAAAGAUUGGGUCAAACUACUCGGUCCAAACUGUGGAGAAAACGUGGAAAGCACUGCAGGACUUCAAAGAGGGCAACGCUGUGUUCACUUUCCCAAAUACUCCUGUGAAAUGUGCUGGAGCUCCACAGAAGAUUAUGUACCUAGCGGAUGCCUAUCUCAGAAAA